GAAGAUAUAUUUGAAAAUUGAUUUCAAAACAGGAAGUUUUUAAAUGGGUUUUAAAUAAAAAUAUGCGUUUUGAAAUAGAAAUAAAGAAUCCGAAGUUUUUAGAGCAUUACCAUUAUAAAGUGUAAAAUUAUUGGGAUAUCUAUGUAGAAUUAAGUGUAAUACAAUGGAAGUCAAACAAGAAAUUAGCGACGAAACGUGUAAAGUAGAAGUAGAGUAUAAUGACUUUGAUGGUGCCUUUUUGGAUGGUUUUAAAUAUGAAAACGAGGAAUCAAAUAGACAAAGUGCACAUGACACAUAUUAUUAUUUGGAUUUAAAGAAAUCGCCCAUAGAUACUGAAAUAGAACAUGAAAAUAAAUUUAACCCAUUUGAAGAAAACCAAAAAACUGUAAAAGGUCAUCUCCAAGACGACCAAAAAAUGGAAAUAAUGGAGACAGCAAUUCAAGAUUCAUGUUAUGAAGGAAAUUACAUAAGUCAACACUCUGAGGGACAAACAUUAAAUAAAAAUAUAAAAGUUGCGACCAGACGAAGACCUUAUAAAUGCGAAAUUUGUUUGAAACCGUUUAGUAAAGCAAGUCAUUUGAAAACACAUUUAAGAGUGCACACUGGGGAAAAACCUUACAAGUGUGAAAUUUGUCUUAAGUUUUUUUCUCAGGCAGGUUCCUUAAAAACACAUUUGAGAGUGCACACUGGAAAAAAAUCUUAUAAGUGUGAAAUUUGUUAUAAACUGUUUUCUCGGGCAGGAUCCUUAAAAACACAUUUGAGAGUGCACACUGGAGAAAAUUCUUACAAGUGUGAAAUUUGUCUUAAGCUUUUUUCUCAGGCAGCUUCCUUAAAAACACAUUUGAGAGUGCACAAUGGAAAAAAAUCAUACAAGUGUGAAAUUUGUUUUAAACAAUUUAUUCAAGCGAGUGAUUUGAAAAUACAUUUGAGAGUGCACACUGGGGAAAAACCUUACAAGUGCAAAAUUUGCUUUAAACAAUUUAGUAUAGCAAGUAAUUUGAAACAACAUUUAAGAGUGCACACUGGGGAAAAACCUUACAAGUGUGAAAUUUGUUUUAAACAAUUUAUUAAAGCAAGUGAUUUGAAAAUACAUUUGAGAGUGCACACUGGGGAAAAACCUUACAAGUGCGAAAUUUGCUUUAAACAAUUUAGUAUAGCAAGUAAUUUGAAAGAACAUUUAAGAGUGCACACUGGGGAAAAACCUUACAAGUGUGAAAUUUGUUUUAAACAGUUUAGUCUAGUAAAUUCUUUGAAAACACAUUUGAUAGUGCAUACUGGAGAAAAAUCUUACAAGUGUGAAAUUUGUCUUAAGCUCUUUUCUUAUGCAGGUUCCUUAAAAACACAUUUGAGAGUGCACACUGGAGAAAAAUCUUACAAGUGUGAAAUUUGUUUUAAGCAAUUUAUUCAAUCAAGUGAUUUGAAAAUACAUUUGAGAGUGCACACUGGAGAAAAAUCUUACAAGUGUGAAAUUUGUUUUAAGCAAUUUACUCACGCAAGCAGUUUGAAAAGACAUUUGAGAGUGCACACUGAAGAAAGACCUCACAGGUGCGAAAUUUGUUUAAAGCGAUUUAUUCAAGCAAGUAAUUUGAAAAUACAUUUGAGAGUGCACACCGGGGAAAAACCUUAAAGUGUGAAAUUUGUCCUAAGUCUUUUCUCAGGCAUGUUCCUUAAAAAAUCAUUUGAGAGUGCACACUGGAAAAAAAUCUUACAAGUGUGAAAUUUGUUUUAAACUGUUUUAUCGGGCAGGUUCCUUAAAAACACAUUUGAGAGUGCACACAAGAGCAAAUUCUUACAAGUGUGAAAUUUGUUUUAAACUGUUUUAUCGGGCAGGUUCCUUAAAAACACAUUUGAGAGUGCACACUGAAGAAAAUUCUUACAAGUGUGAAAUUUGUUUUCAGCAAUUUACUCACGCAAGCAGUUUGAAAAGACAUUUGAGAGUGCACACUGAAGAAAGACCUCACAGGUGCGAAAUUUGUUUAAAGAGAUUUAUUCAAGCAAGUAAUUUGAAAAUACAUUUGAGAGUGCAAACUGGGGAAAAACCUUACAAGUGUGAAAUUUGUUUUAAACAAUUUAGUAUAGCAAUCAAUUUGAAGAAACAUUUAAGAGUGCACACUGCGGAAAAACCUUACAAGUGAAAUUUGUUCUAAACAAUUUAGUCAACUAAAUCAUUUGAAAAUACAUUUGAGAGUGCAUACUGGCGAAAAGACUUACAAGUGUAAAAUUUGUUUUAAGCUGUUUUCUCGGUCAGGUUCCUUAAAAACACAUUUGAGAGUGCACACUGGAGAAAAAUCUUACAAGUGCGAAAUUUGCUUUAAACAAUUUAGUAUAGCAAGUAAUUUGAAAGAACAUUUAAGAGUGCACACUGGAGAAAAACCUUACAAGUGUGAAAUUUGUUUUAAACAGUUUAGUCAAGUAAAUUCUUUGAAAACACAUUUGAUAGUGCAUACUGGAGAAAAAUCUUACAAGUGUGAAAUUUGUCUUAAGCUCUUUUCUUAUGCAGGUUCCUUAAAAACACAUUUGAGAGUGCACACUGGAGAAAAAUCUUACAAGUGUGAAAUUUGUUUUAAGCAAUUUAUUCAAUCAAGUGAUUUGAAAGUACAUUUGAGAGUGCACACUGGAGAAAAAUCUUACAAGUGUGAAAUUUGUUUUAAGCAAUUUACUCACGCAAGCAGUUUGAAAAGACAUUUGAGAGUGCACACUGAAGAAAGACCUCACAGGUGCGAAAUUUGUUUAAAGCGAUUUAUUCAAGCAAGUAAUUUGAAAAUACAUUUGAGAGUGCACACCGGGGAAAAACCUUAAAGUGUGAAAUUUGUCUUAAGUCUUUUCUCAGGCAUGUUCCUUAAAAAAUCAUUUGAGAGUGCACACUGGAAAAAAAUCUUACAAGUGUGAAAUUUGUUUUAAACUGUUUUAUCGGGCAGGUUCCUUAAAAACGCAUUUGAGAGUGCACACAAGAGCAAAUUCUUACAAGUGUGAAAUUUGUUUUAAACUGUUUUAUCGGGCAGGUUCCUUAAAAACACAUUUGAGAGUGCACACUGAAGAAAAUUCUUACAAGUGUGAAAUUUGUUUUCAGCAAUUUACUCACGCAAGCAGUUUGAAAAGACAUUUGAGAGUGCACACUGAAGAAAGACCUCACAGGUGCGAAAUUUGUUUAAAGAGAUUUAUUCAAGCAAGUAAUUUGAAAAUACAUUUGAGAGUGCAAACUGGGGAAAAACCUUACAAGUGUGAAAUUUGUUUUAAACAAUUUAGUAUAGCAAUCAAUUUGAAGAAACAUUUAAGAGUGCACACUGCGGAAAAACCUUACAAGUGAAAUUUGUUCUAAACAAUUUAGUCAACUAAAUCAUUUGAAAAUACAUUUGAGAGUGCAUACUGGCGAAAAGACUUACAAGUGUAAAAUUUGUUUUAAGCUGUUUUCUCGGUCAGGUUCCUUAAAAACACAUUUGAGAGUGCACACUGGAGAAAAAUCUUACAAGUGUGAAAUUUGUUUUAAGCAAUUUAUUCAAGCAAGUGAUUUGAAAAUACAUUUGAGAGUGCACACUGGGGAAAAACCUUACAAGUGCAAAAUUUGCUUUAAACAAUUUAGUAUAGCAAGUAAUUUGAAAGAACAUUUAAGAGUGCACACUGGAGAAAAACCUUACAAGUGUGAAAUUUGUCUUAAACAGUUUAGUCAAGUAAAUUCUUUGAAAACACAUUUGAUAGUGCACACUGGAGAAAAAUCUUACAAGUGUGACAUUUGUUUUAAGCAAUUUAUUCAAUCAAGUGAUUUGAAAAUACAUUUGAGAGUGCACACUGGAGAAAAAUCUUACAAAUGUGAAAUUUGUUUUAAGCAAUUUACUCACGCAAGCAGUUUGAAAAGACAUUUGAGAGUGCACACUGAAGAAAGACCUCACAGGUGCAAAAUUUGUUUAAAGCGAUUUAUUCAAGCAAGUAAUUUGAUAAUACAUUUGAGAGUGCACACUGGGGAAAAUUCUUACAAGUGUGAAAUUUGUCUUAAGCUCUUUUCUCAGGCAUGUUCCUUAAAAAAACAUUUGAGAGUGCACACUGGAAAAAAAACUUACAAGUGUGAAAUUUGUUUUAAACUGUUUUAUCGGGCAGGUUCCUUAAAAACACAUUUGAGAGUGCACACAAGAGAACAUUCUUACAAGUGUGAAAUUUGUUUUAAACUGUUUUAUCGGGCAGGAUCCUUAAGAACACAUUUGAGAGUGCACACUGGAGAAAAUUCUUACAAGUGUGAAAUUUGUUUUAAGCAAUUUAUUCACGCAAGCAGUUUGAAAAGACAUUUGAGAGUGCACACUGAAGAAAGACCUCACAGGUGCGAAAUAUGUUUAAAGCGAUUUAUCCAAGCAAGUAAUUUGAAAAUACAUUUGAGAGUGCACAAUGGCACAGCAUAAUAAACGAAACCAGCAAGGACACUCCCUGAUGCCGCCUUUGAAGUUGAAAAGUACAGGGUUGCCAUUUUUCGCGUAGUGCAUCUCAGUGGUGAUGUGAUGUGUUGGUUCAUCAGUGUUGCCGAUGUCACCAACUUUAAUACCCGUAAGAGAUACUUUUUGAAUAAUUUCUGGAAUUUAUGCAAAAGAUUAACAAUACAAUCGCCAUUCAUCGUCAAUAUUUUGUGUUAUGUCCCAAUUAUUGACAUAAUUCCCACAGGCAUACGUAUAAAAUUAUGUUAAAAAAUAUGAAUGUCAUAAAAGUUGAGUAAAUCUGAUAAUUAUGUACAAAUCGGCAACACUGUCGAUUUUCUACAUUGUCUGGUACUACGCACAAAAUGGCCGACGAUCUGCGCAGUAAUAGUGCGCGAACUUUUCCCGCCUACUAGUGUGUCACUGCUGUUGCGUUUUCUAUGCUGUGACACUGGGGAAAAACCUUACAAGUGUGAAAUUUGUCUUAAGCUCUUUUCUCAGGCAGGUUCCUUAAAAACACAUUUGAGAGUGCACACUGGAGAAAAAUCUUAAAAGUGUGAAAUUUGUUUUAAACAAUUUAGUAUAGCAAGUAAUUUGAAGGAACAUUUAAGAGUGCACACUGGGGAAAUACCUUACAAGUGAAAUUUGUUCUAAACAAUUUACUCAACUAAAUCAUUUGAAAAUACAUUUGAGAGUGCAUACUGGAGAAAAGACUUACCUUAUAAAUGUAAAAUUUGUUUUAAGCUGUUUUCUCGUGCAGGUUCCUUAAAAACACAUUUGAGAGUGCACACUGGGGAAAAACCUUACAAGUGUGAAAUUUGUUUUAAACAAUUUAUUCAAGCAAGUGAUUUGAAAAUACAUUUGAGAGUGCACACUGGGGAAAAACCUUACAAGUGCAAAAUUUGCUUUAAACAGUUUAGUAUAGCAAGUAAUUUGAAAGAACAUUUAAGAGUGCACACUGGGGAAAAACCUUACAAGUGUGAAAUUUGUUUUAAACAGUUUAGUCAAGUAAAUUCUUUGAAAACACAUUUGAUAGUGCACACUGGAGAAAAAUCUUACAAGUGUGAAAUUUGUCUUAAGCUCUUUUCUCAUGCAGGUUCCUUAAAAACACAUUUGAGAGUGCACAAUGGAGAAAAAUCUUACAAGUGUGAAAUUUGUUUUAAGCAAUUUAUUCAAUCAAGUGAUUUGAAAAUACAUUUGAGAGUGCACACUGGGGAAAAACCUUACAAGUGCAAAAUUUGCUUUUGUGAAAUUUGUUUUAAACAAUUUAUUCAAGCAAGUGAUUUGAAAAUACAUUUGAGAGUGCACCUGGGGAAAACCUUACAAGUGCAAAAUUUGCUUUAAACAAUUUAGUAUAGCAAGUAAUUUGAAAGAACAUUUAAGAGUGCACACUGGGGAAAAACCUUACAAGUGUGAAAUUUGUUUUAAACAGUUUAGUCAAGUAAAUUCUUUGAAAGCACAUUUGAUAGUGCACACUGGAGAAAAAUCUUACAAGUGUGAAAUUUGUCUUAAGCUCUUUUCUCAUGCAGGUUCCUUAAAAACACAUUUAUUGAGAGUGCACACUGGAGAAAAAUCUUACAAGUGUGAAAUUUGUUUUAAGCAAUUUACUCACGCAAGCAGUUUGAAAAGACAUUUGAGAGUGCAUACUGAAGAAAGACCUCACGGGUGCGAAAUUUGUUUAAAGCGAUUGAUUCAAGCAAGUAAUUUGAAAAUACAUUUGAGAGUGCACACUGGGGAAAAACCUUACAAGUGUGAAAUUUGUCUUAAGCUCUUUUCUCAGGCAGGUUCCUUAAAAACACAUUUGAGAGUGCACACUGGAGAAAAAUCUUAAAAGUGUGAAAUUUGUUUUAAACAAUUUAUUCAGGCAAGUGAUUUGGAAAUACAUUUGAGAGUGCACACUGGGGAAAAACCAUACAAGUGCAAAAUUUGUUUUUAACAAUUUAGUAUAGCAAGUAAUUUGAAAGAACAUUUAAGAGUGCACACUGGGGAAAAACCUUACAAGUGUGAAAUUUGUUUUAAACAAUUUAUUCAAGCAAGUGAUUUGAAAAUACAUUUGAGAGUGCACACUGGGGAAAAACCUUACAAGUGCAAAAUUUGCUUUAAACAAUUUAGUAUAGCAAGUAAUUUGAAAGAACAUUUAAGAGUGCACACUGGGGAAAAACCUUACAAGUGUGUAAUUUGUUUUAAGCAAUUUACUCACGCAAGCAGUUUGAAAAGACAUUUGAGAGUACACACUGAAGAAAGACCUCACAGGUGCGAAAUUUGUUUAAAGCGAUUUAUUCAAGCAAGUAAUUUGAAACUACAUUUGAGAGUGCACACUGGGGAAAAAGCUUACAAGUGUGAAAUUUGUCUUAAGUUUUUUUCUCAUGCAGGUUCCUUAAAAACAGAUUUGAGAGUGCACGAUGGAGAAAAAUCUUACAAGUGUGAAAUUUGUUUUAAACAAUUUAUUCAAGCAAGUGAUUUGAAAAUACAUUUGAAAGUGCACACUGGGAAUAACCUUACAAGUGUAAAAUUUGUUUUGAACAAUUUAGUCAAGUAAAUCAUUUGAAAAGACAUUUGAGAGUGCACACUGGAGAAAAAUCUAAGAAGUGUGAAAUUUGUUUAAAAUAGUUUAGUAAAACAGUUCAUUUGAAAACUCAUUUAGCAGUGCACACUAGAGAUAAAUCUUAUAAGUGUGAAAUUUGUUUUAAACAAUUUUAGGUCUGCGCAUAUUAGAUCGAAUCGAUCGACAACGGAAUGGACUACUACAGCCCGGAAGUAAAUGCCUAAGCGCGCAUUUAUUGGCAACACAUCGGCAAAAUCUCGCCAGCUCAGUCAGUAUACAUAAUUCCGAGAAGAUGGAUAAAAAAACUAUUAUUGUUAGUUUGUUAUUUUGCUUGAACUUAUUAGUUCCUAAUGUUGAUUAUGCAAUCUGUAAUUUUUUUCAAUUUUGCAAUAGAUUGUUUUUGUUAUAUUUCAUUAUUUUUUAUUUAUAUUGACGAUUUAUGUAAUUUGAGUACAUAUAUCGUAGUUUCUACUUUUUUUUUCUGACUCAUUUUAAGAUUUGUCUAUAAAAUUGUAUAAUGUUUAAUGACAAUAAAGCAUAUUUCCAUUC